CGAGGAAAUGGAAGUAUGGGCCAUAAAGUGAAGCAUGAUGUACCAGUUACCCGCUUCUCCGCCUUUCUUCCUUCCUAAAAUUGGCAAGGCAAUCCUUCUACGCUCUCGGCGCGCGAUCUUCUCUGUCACACGAUUUUUCGCUCCAAAAUCCUCAAACUUAACUGGAAAGCAAUUACAAUUGCCGGAAUCCUGCAAGCUCUCUACCACAGGCGUCUCUGAAAAUGGAUAGCACCGCAGGGAAUCCUCAGGGCAUUCACGUGCCCCCAGUUGAGGGCGUUGCAGGAGGAGGAACUUCUUACGGAUGGAGUGAUGGCAGCUUAAACACGUCAACUCCCACUAAAAGAUCUAUUGAUCCCACAGAAGUUCCUACAACAGAUCUAGUGGAUGUGUGGUGCAUGCCAAGCACAGCAAAUGUUGGACCUCAGGAAAUGCCUAGGCGCUUAGAACCUAUAAAUCUUUUGGCAGCUAGAAAUGAGAGGGAAAGUGUUCAAAUUGCUAUGCGGCCAAAAAUAUCUUGGUGUGCUUCUGGUGUGGCUGGAAUUUUGCAGGUUUUUUCUGGUGAUUUAUGCUCCACAUCUGGCGACCGGCUAGUUGUUGGACAAUCAUUGAGGUUAAGGCGUGUGGUACCCAUGUUGGGGGUUCCAGAUGCCCUUGUCCCACUUGAUCUUCCAGUCAGUCAAAUAAACCUUCUUCCAGGAGAAACUACUGCUGUUUGGGUUUCUAUUGAUGUACCAAAUAUGCAACCCCCAGGACAAUAUGAGGGAGAAAUCCUUAUUACCGCUAUAAAGACAGAUGCAGAAUCUUCAACACAGUACCUAGGCAGAGCUGAGAAGCAUCAGAUGUACAAGGAACUUAAAAGCUGUCUGGAUAUUAUGGAAACUGUUGAGGAAAAGCCAUUGGAUGAAGUGGUAGAAAGAGUGAAAUCUGCGACUGCUUCUUUAAAAAGAGUUAUUCUCUCUCCAUCAUUUUCUGAAUUUUAUUCUGAGAAUGGUUCAAUUGAUGUGAUGGAUGAAGAUGCCUUUUCAAACCUUUCAGUACGUGUAAAGAUAAUGUUGACAGUUUGGGACUUCACAAUUCCUGCUACUCCUUCACUUCCUGCCGUAAUUGGUGUAUCUGAUACUGUAAUUGAAGAUCGUUUCGGCGUUGAACAUGGUACUGAUGAGUGGUUUGAGGCAUUGGAUCAACAUUUUAAAUGGCUUCUUCAAUAUAGAAUCAGUCCUUAUUUCUGCAGAUGGGGUGAUGGCAUGCGUGUUUUAACAUACACCUGCCCAUGGCCAGCGGAUCAUCCAAAGUCAGAUGAAUAUUUUUCGGAUCCAAGACUAGCAGCUUAUGCUGUACCAUAUAGAGCUGUCUUUGGUGGUGAUUCUGCGAAAGAUUACUUGCAAAGAGAAGUUGAUAUUUUGAGGACAAAGACACACUGGAGAAAAGCGUACUUUUACCUGUGGGAUGAGCCAUUGAAUUUGGAACAUUAUGAUUCUGUUCGCAGUAUGGCUAGUGAGAUUCAUGCUUAUGCUCCUGAUGCUCGUGUAUUGACAACAUACUACUGUGGACCUAGUGAUGCACCUCUUGCACCCACUACUUUUGAAGCAUUUGUGAAGGUUCCGAAUUUCUUGCGCCCGCAUACUCAAAUUUAUUGCACAAGUGAAUGGGUGCUUGGAAAUCGAGAGGAUCUGGCCAAGGAUAUAAUUGGCGAACUACAAACAGAGAAUGGUGAGGAAUGGUGGACAUACGUGUGCAUGGGGCCAGCUGAUCCCCAUCCAAAUUGGCACCUUGGGAUGCGAGGUACGCAACAUCGUGCUGUGAUGUGGCGUGUAUGGAAAGAAGGCGGGACAGGAUUUCUUUACUGGGGUGCGAACUGUUAUGAGAAGGCAACAGUUCCCAGUGCAGAGAUAAGAUUUAGGCGGGGCCUUCCUCCUGGAGAUGGAGUGCUUUUCUACCCUGGGGAGGUUUUCUCAUCUUCACAUCAGCCAGUUGCUUCAGUAAGACUAGAGCGUCUUCUUAGUGGUUUGCAGGACAUUGAAUAUCUGAAGCUUUAUGCAUCAAGAUAUGGUAGGGAUGAGGGGGUUGGUAUUUUGGAGAGAACGGGUGUCUAUCAAGGACCCGAGCGAUACACUCAUGAUCACAUGCCGAUUGAUGUAAUGCGGGGUGAAAUCUUCAACUCAUGCCGAUCAUAAAAACGGUUGCCUGCUAAAAUACGGUGGAAAUUGUAGAUUCCCUCAGGCGAAGUUGAGCAGGUUUGGGAGUGCCUAGUUGAAGACACAACAAAGGAGAUAGUGAAAUCCUUGACACAUUUGGGUCAACGGCCUGAAAAUCCCUUUUCUGAAGUGAGGUAACUUUCUGGGUCUUGUACCAUGUCUACAGUGUAUUUUCUUUCUCAAGUACUUGGUCGAUGUGAACAUCCCUGUGCUAAGAAUAUGCGUAUAAAAUAUUAGAUUUAGGCAAUAGAAACCUGCACGAUUGUGCAUGACGAUAAAAGUUAAAUAGUUUUUCUCCAAAUUUGCACUGUAAUUUUCUAGCUCCAGUAGCCGUAGACCUACUUUAAGUUCUCUCGCGUAGUGUCACUGGUUGAGAUUGUGAUGUAUUCAGUGACAUUUUUGCUCGAGUUCCAGUAUGUUCUCUUUCUCUUUUUUUUUUUCCUUAUUGAAUAUUAAAGGUUAAAUUAUACUUUUCUUA